AUGUUACCAGAUCUGCUGCAAGAUGUUCCAGUCUCCAUUCGUAACCGAACGUGGUUCCAGCAUGAAAAGCCCCCCGCUUACUUCACUGAUAUUCGCAGUCACCUGAAUGCCAAAUCUGGGGAGCGAUGGAUUGGCUUUAGUGGAUUUUUGCCAUCCCCAUCUUCCAAUUUAUUGAGACUCAAUUACUUUGUCUGGGAACUUCUGAACAGUAUGGUUUAUGCGACUUCCGUUGACUCAGAAUCUCCUGCAUGUGUGCGUGAAAUACCUGGCAUCUUUUCCAGUGCACGUUCUGGAAAUUUCCAUUUUCACGAGAUUUCUGCUCCUCCUGCUGCUCCUCUUCCCCUUCCUCUUGCUGCUGUUCCUCCUCCUACUGCUCCUCCUGCAGGUCCUCCUCUUGCUGCUGCUUCUCCUCUUGCUGCUCCUCUUCCUGAUGCCCCUUCUCUUACUCCUUCUGCUGCUCCUCCUCUUGUUGCGCCUCCUCCUGCACUUCCUGCUGCGCCUCCUCCUGCUGCUCCUCUUGCUUAUGCUCCUCUAGCUGCUCCUCCUCUUCCUGCUGCUCCUUGA